GAAAAGAGUAGCAAACUUCGCACAAAGAUCACUUAAGUUACAAAGUCCGAAUAUGCCGUUCUCGCAAGUCGAUGGAAUUGCUCUUAUCACUUGUGUAAGUCAUGUCCCUGUAGUGUGCCUUCAACACGCAAGUCCCAAGACGUAUCAACUGAGGGUAUAAACAGGCCGGUUCCGGAAUUGGAGAAGAAACAGGCUAUGCCUUCGCUGGAGCAGGGGCGUUAGGGGUGGUGUUCGCAGAUAUCAAUUAUCACGCUGCCCUUUGGAAAGCGACCAACAGCAAAUUCUAUGCCACAAACCCCAACUAUCGCUCAGUAGCGAUCAAAGUGGAUACAUCUGAACCUAGUAGUGUUCAGGAGAUGGUGGAUUCCGCACUCAAAGAAUUUGGAAGAAUUGAUUAUUGCAUCAAUAGCGCAGGGGUAAGUAACGUGCUACAUCUUUUUGGAAGAAGAAUCAAAAGGGUUGCAACUGAUGCUUUGGGAGAUAGAUCAUGUCUUCAUCGCUUGUGCCAGCCACAGACAUUGAUAUUGAGAACUUCGACAAAGUCCUCAAAAUCAAUACUCGAGGAGUGAUGCUCUGCGUUCGAGCUGUUAGUAAAGUAAUGAUGCAGCAAGAACCUCGAAUGUUCAAAGGUAGACAUGGACAAGAACGGAGUCUAGGUCGAGGUUGCAUUAUCAAUCUUGGAUCUUUGAGCUCUAUUACUGCCUCGAAGGGUAUGAUGGCUUAUGUGGCAUCCAAGCAUGCAUUGUUGGGUAUUCCUAAGGUAGCAGGUGAAUCUCUCCUCUUCCAAAGUUGCGAUGGCGAGGAGCUGAUGCCGAAGUAGCUUCGUAUUUGAAGCAGCAUGGUAUCAGAGUCAAUGCUGUUUGUCCAGCACCUGUGGCUACUCCGAUGAUGGAUUUGACCAUGAAAAAGUUACCAAGAUCAGAAUCUGUGGUCAAGAAAAAGACACGCAUGCCUAGAGUUGCAUGGCCAGGAGAAGUUGCCAAUGUGGCCGUAUUUUUAUGCAGUCCUUCUUCGACUUAUAUCAGUGGAACUGAGGUAGUUAUUGAUGCGGGUAUUUCUGCUUCAAUUACGGCUCGUAUCUAAGUUGAAACCGACCGGCUGCAAAUGGGAUUGGUCGAUCCUUCGCGGAUUCUAGGCUUCUUCAGAAGAUUGAUGGGGUUAGUGUUGUUGAGAUGAACUGGUUCAAUCACGUAACCAAAAGUGCCGCGAUAAUCUUUGAAUUCAACGCUUCCUAUUAAUACUGCAAAUCUGUUCUGUCUAUAGGACAGAUUCUUG